AGACACUAGCAAGUGCUCCGAGUCGGCUGCCUAGUUCUUACGAGAGCCGCCCUAGGCUGGACACCAAAAACACUUCCCGAUAUGACUCAUGGACUGCCUGAUGCCUUCCGGCGACCGCUAACACGAAUGUGUCCAAUUUAGGAGAGAUGCACUGGUGUGCAGCAGCCGCAGUGCUCGCAUGCGCGGCCGCAUUCGCACCAGCGCGGACGCCAAAAAUCUCGGCCGUCGUGUGCCGAGAACUUGCCGCGUCGAAGGAGCAAGGCGCCGAUGACGACGACUGGCGCCGCCUUGCGAAUUCGAAGGACGCCGCGGCCGACGUCUUCCUGAGCUGGGCGGCCGAGGAUCCUGGUCUAGGCGCUUGUUUGCGAACAUUGAACCUGCGGCGCGGGCGUUUCGGCGGCGACGUGCCGCCCACGCUCUGGCCCGUUCAGCUGCGCCGCAAGCUCGCGCGCGGGCUCGGUCGCAGAGGUCGCGCGCGGAGCGCGCGCCGGGCGGCCUGGGCCGGUGCGAACGCGACGUCGCUCGAAUUGUCGUGGCGGGAUCUGCGGGCAGCCUACGCGGAACGCGAGGCCGUCGUCCGCAACGUGAACGGCGCCGCCGAAGACUUAGCUGGAAGUUGGGUGUACCACCUCGGCCUCUUGCAGGCCUACGCACAGAACCACGACAGCGCGCGGCCGCCCGCGUCGUACGUCGCCCCGUGCGGCGCCAGGCUCGGACGGUGGCUCGCGGACCAGCGGUCCCUCGACAAGAGCGGCCGGCUCGCGCCGGCGCGGCGCCAGCAGCUCGAGCUGAUCGGCGGCGACGUGAGUCCCCUCGCGGCGCACUCGGAGCGGCGCUGGCGCCGCGCGUGCCUGAGCCUCUGGCGCUUCCGGCGGCGCGAGGGCCACGCGCGAGUGAAGCGGGCCCACGUCGACGAGGACGGCUUCCGGCUCGGCGGCUGGCUCGUGGAGCAGCGCAAGAAGUACGACAAGGGAACGCUGCCGCCGAAGCGGGCGCGGGCCCUGGAGACGCUCGGCGUGUCCUUCGAGCGGCCGCGCGACGCGGCGUGGCGGCGGCACUUCGAAGCCCUAGAAAAGCGCGCGGACGCGACGGGCCUGGCCGACGCGCCGGCGCGCCUCGUCACCGAGGACGGGCUCAAGCUCGGCCAGUGGGUCGCGAAGCAGCGAAAGCUGAGGCGCGAAGGCGUGCUCGAUCCGGACCGCGAGCGGCGGUUGUCCUCGAUCCGCUUCGUCUGGGCGCCGCGCGACGCGGUGUCGCGGGACGCCGCCUAUGCGGUGGCGUUGGCGGCGUUUGUUGCCCGCGAAGGGCACGACCGCGUGCCGAAGCGGCACCGCGAGCUCGGGCUCGGCUUGGGGGAGUGGAUGUAUCGCCGGCGGCGGCAAGCCGUCGCGGCGGGGGAAUAAAAGUGCCUGUGUUGAGCCCUUA